UCUUCGUAUCUGAUGCUUUUAUAGACAACGAAAAUGAGUUGCAUAGGCGACGAAAAAGAAUUAUUUACAGAAUCAGUUGAUUCGGCUUUGCCUUCAUCGAUUACAAGUGACUCGUCCCUUCCUUCGUCGCCAGUAAAGUCGGUCCCUGUUGUGUCUUCCUCCCCCUCUCACAGUUUUAGCAAUAACAUUAGCGGUUUGCCGGGUCCUGAAACUGUCAUCGAAUACAGAUGGCCUUUAGGUGAUGGCGAAGAUUACAUUCUGCAGGAAACAUUGGCCCAAUAUUUGGGUAUCACCAGUUUUCGUCGAAAGUUUCCAGAUGUUGUUAGACGAAACUGCGAAAUCGAAGAGAGGCGAUACCUGUUGCACAUGAAAAUCAUAAAUUCAAAUGAGGAAAUAUUUGGCGUCACGGCUUUGAAAGCAGACGAUGCUCAUCAACUGAUGCAAUGUCAUUUCCCAGAGUUACACGCAAAGUAUGUUGCGUAUUGGAAACAAAAAAGAGCAGAAGAGAAAGAGAAGGCGGCCCUGUUAGCGAAAACAGAUAUGGUGGCAAUUAAAAGUGACCGAGAAAAAAUGAACAAAUUGAUGCGGGAGGCUAUCUUGGAUACAGCUAGAUGGAGUGCACAACUUAACAAAGAGCGUCGAACUAGCAGGGCGGCCUAUUUCGAUCUGCAAACGUUCAACAUUCACUACCCCCGCGACAAGCCCAAGUAUGAUCCUGAGAUAUGUAAAUCAAUAAGCGAAGAAAAAGCGCGGUUGGCUACCUUACCACCCUACAGAGAAUACACGAGCGAGCAUUUGAAAUAUCUUCCAUUGAAAACUGUAUCAUGUGGACCACUGGGAGUCCUAGAACGUGGCGAUACCUCGGAUCCAGUGUUUCCAGAUAGUUCAGACUCCGAAACUGAGGUAACCAUUGAAGCGCCGGAGAUGAAUCCGGUUGUGCCGCCAAAUCCAACCAGCAAUUCCAAACCUAGCUCGUCAAGUAGAAGUUCAAAAAGCGGAUCAAAACCUAGAAGAUCGGCAGCGAAAAGACAAGCAGCAAAUAAUGACAACGGAAUCGAUGAAAAAAGUUGCUCGAGUCCGAAAUCCCGAAAAUCUAGUGGCGCAUCCUCGACCGCGUUCAAAGAAGAAUUACCGUCGAUUUCAGUUGACAGCAUGACUAACAUAGCUUCAAUUUGCGGCAUUUGUUUCAAAAAUAACCAAGAAAACAAGUUCAACCAACAGGAAAAUUUGAUAUCUUGUUCUCAGUGUACCAAUGCGGGACAUCCUACAUGUUUAGAGCUUACAGAUAGUAUAGUUAGCGUGAUUAUGACUUAUAACUGGCAAUGUAUGGAGUGUAAAGUAUGUAUGACUUGCAAAAGCGCAACAGAUGAGGAGAAUUUGAUGUUUUGUGACAAUUGUGAUCGCGGGUAUCAUUCGUAUUGUGUAGGUAUGACUGAAAUACCCAGUGGUAGAUGGGUCUGUGAAAUUUGCGGAGAUUGUGUUUCAUGUCUAAAAAUGGAAAAGGAAUUUAGCGGUGAAUGGAAGCAAGAAUUCACGAGGCCAAGAGAUAAAACGGAGCCUAAAUUCCUGCAACGCCAUUGUGACGAAUGUUCAAGGCGGUUCAACAAGGGAGAGUUUUGUCCGAUUUGUCUUAAGGUUUUUGAUCUGAGCAAAGAGUCUCCUGGCGAAACCCUAUCGAACUGUAUGUCCUGCGAACGUCUAGUUCACAUUGAAUGCGACUCAAAGUUCGCCUCCGAAUGCAAGGCUGAAAAACAUUUCCAACUUGCCUCACCGACCACGAGCAAUAGAAAUAGCAGAAGAAAGAAUCCGUAUAAUUGCAGUAUUUGUAGAGGAGAUAUUGAGGAGAGAAUGGACUCUUUUCACGUGAGGAACAAACAUGAUAAAUGAACGUUGUUGUCUUUAGUCGUUCAGGCGGUUGCUUAACAUGAUCCAAUCAAAUGACUGUAAUUUUUUG